UCUCUUGUAAAACAUUGCGCACGAUCCCUUCCUUUUCAUUCUCUCCAAAAAAAAAAAAAACCACUAGAGUGCAUGUAGCCAAAAAUCCAAGAUCAGAAUAGUUAUUCAGUGGUCAACUUCAACUUUUAUUUGUUCACAUACAAUUCUCAAUAUCCAUGGCUGCAGAUUCCAACUCAAACCUUAGAAUCUCCAUUGAAAGAAACCCUUCCCAGUCACGCCUUGCUGAGUUGAACAUCAAGUGCUGGCCUAAGUGGGGUUGCUCUCCAGGGAAGUACCAGUUGAAGUUUGAUGCAGAAGAGACAUGCUACUUGGUGAAAGGGAAGGUGAAGGCAUACCCAAAAGGGUCAUCAGAGUUUGUGGAGUUUGGUGCUGGGGACCUUGUCACAAUUCCAAAAGGACUCAGUUGCACUUGGGAUGUGUCUGUUGCCGUGGAUAAGUACUACAAGUUUGAAUCCAAUUCUUCUUCUUCUACUACUUCAUCAUCAUCUUGUUAACUAGUAUCGUUGGAUCUAUGAUUAUUAUGAUAAUUAGGUUUAGCCUCUUUGAUUCAUCAAGUUAAUUAUUAUUCAUUUGGGAAAAAAAAAAGGGAAAUCGGUUGCAUAAUUGUUGUUGUUUGGUUGUGCUGGGAAUUGAAUUGAUGCCUGACAGAGAGAGAAAGAGAAAUGAAUGAUAGUAAUUAUUUUAGUCAAAGAAAACAUAUCAGUCAAUGCAUUUUAUGUUCAUACCAACCCCUCUCUAUCUACGUGUUAAAAAUUAAGAGACAGCUUUUAUUGUAACUUUGACUGGUCAACGAUUCGGAUGUUUAAUUUUGGAUAUUUUAAUAGAAUAAUAAUAAUAAUAAGGGUGACCUCAAGGGAAUUGUUAUUGUU